UUUCCUGUAAGACGACAUUCUACUGUGUUGUAUGGACUGGUGACUCUAAAAGCACAGCAGAGUUAGGCUUGGGAAUUCUUAAAGCAUGUUGAUAUUAUUAAGUGUUUAAACGCUAUUUUGGCUACAGUCCGCUGGUACAGCAGCGCUGUUUAUGACUGGUUUAAAGUGUUGGAUUGGCGAAAAACAUGACAGCCAAUGAAGACCAGGAGAUGGAGUUGGAGGCUCUGCGCUCUAUCUAUGAAGGAGAUGACUGCUUUAAAGAGCUCGGCCCUGUUUCCUUUCAGUUCAGGAUAGGAGAUCUUGAGGACUCCAAAUCCUUCCUGCUAGAAGUGUCAUGGCCAGAGAACUAUCCUGAAACUGCCCCGCACAUAUCAUUAGAUGCUUUUUUCAACAACAGAAUAUCCCUGGAGACAAAGCAGUACAUUCUUUCCAAAUUGAGUGAACAGGUAGAGGCCAACCUGGGUACUGCCAUGAUGUACACGCUCUUUGAGUGGGCCAAAGAGAACCAGGAAACACUCAUGGAAAACCAUCAGCCUGUGACAUCCGCUGUGACCCUGAUAUCCAACAGCGAUGUCAUGAAUAAUUCCACCUCUGUUAGGAAGAAGAAGGAGAAGAAAGAGCAACUAACCAAAGCACAGAAGAGGAAACUGAUUGGAAGAACGGAUAAUAAGGGUGAACUGCCAAGAGGUUGGGACUGGGUAGAUGUUAUCAAGCAUCUGAGCAAAACUGGAGGAAAAGGUGAAGAUUAAAGAGAUACUUGAGAAGAAACGAUGGAUUGAAAUGUAUGGAUGAAAUGUGUCUCUGUGCCCUUUUUUUUUUUUUUUUUUCAAUGAAAGCUGAACACAAAUUCUCUGCAGCCAUGAUUUCAAUUCACCUGGAGCUGCCACAGAGCUGAUUUGACACUGAGUGCAAGGAGCUCUGCCAUUACAGACACGUGUCCUCAGAGCCACACUAGUGUGUGCUAAAUUAGCUGAGUCACACGUGAACAUCAUGAGGUGCGUGAUAAUAAAACUAACACAGGUUUAAAUGCUUGAAUUUUUGGAUCUGGAAGAACAGUUGGGUGUGACUUAAUAAACCUAACAACAGUGUUAUGUUUCAUCUAGUGAAAAUUCCUUUUAAAAAUUGUAUCAUGGGUAGUUUAAAGGUGCAAUCAGAUAAGUGCUGUCGGGUUACUGAAAUAAAACAAGUAUUAUUUUGCUGGUCAUGUGAUCUCAACAUGGCAACCCUCAUUAGGUCCCGCUCCAUGUCAAAUUAAGACGGCUAAAUAAAUACUAACCAUCUAUUUAGAGGUAAAGAAAAAAGUGGACUUUUAAGUGUUACAUUUUGAUGUUAUACGUGAAAGAUAUUUUAUAGGUGUGUGUUUUUAAAGAAAUAAAGUGUUUUAAAGCACAGUCAUU